AUGAGCUCCCAGCGCGAGGAUUCCAUCCCGCACGAGCUACGCACGGCGGCAGAACCCCGGCAAAACCGACUAUAUCCUGUGCGUCUAUCACAUGUGGAGCAAGUCAACCCCUCCGUUCGACUACUGCAGUUCGCCAUCCCUUCCCAAGAAAGUAGCGAUACCGGACAACCAUUCUCUUUUUUGCCUGGUCAAUGGCUAGAUGUUCAUAUCCCAUCCAUUUCCCAGGCAGGCGGUUUUACUAUUACGUCUACCCCUGCAGAUGCUCAACUUUUACCGCCGCUUGAUUUCCCACCAGGGCCGAUGUUUGGCGAGGAGGCAGGUAUAGCCAUGGCGUCCCAAGGCCGUUCUCCAUAUGUGGAGCUAGCCGUGCAGGAAUCUCCUUCGAAUCCAUCUGCCGCGUGGCUUUGGAAACCGAAGGACGAUAUCCUCGGUAAGGAAGUCAACAUUCGCGUUGGAGGAAGCUUCGUUUGGCCACCCACCGGAGUUGAGCUCCACAAGGUUCAAAACGUUGUUUUCGUUGCUGGAGGCGUUGGUAUCAACCCACUCAUCUCCAUCUUGUCACAUCUUAAUAGCCAAUCUUUUAACGCCCACUAUCUCAACGUUCAUCUCCUUUAUUCCAGCCGACUGCCGAAUGGGCUCGAAACCGCGUCAUCUCAGGCUGUCCUGGAGCAGGUUCUGUUCCUAUCGCGACUUCGACAGAUCAUCCGUACCCAGUUGCAAUUGCGGAAGUUCAACAUCUCUCUACAGCUUUUUCUUACUAAUAUCAAAUCUUGUCUACUUGAGCCGCCAAGCAGCCCCUCGGACGUCACUAUCCAUCCACGGAGAAUCGGCGAAGAUGAUCUCCGUGCAGCUAUCACAGACAAAGAUGGCGAAAUGGACCCACGAAAGACGGUGUCUUAUAUCUGCGGACCACCUGGUAUGACAGAUGAGAUGGUCGAUCGCUUGAAGAAGGUUAUUGAUGAUCCAGAGGGACAGCGAAUCUUUUACGAGAAGUGGUGGUGA